AGAUCUCGCGCCCAAAUCUGAGUAUAAAUACCUUCCGUUUCCAGGCAAGUGUAGGAUUCAAACUCUUUUUUUCUCAUAGAUUUUCAAAAUCCUUCUUUCGAAGAUCGAGAAACUCGAUUUCUAGGGUUAGGGUUUCUGCAUUUUCAUCCAAGAAUCCGAUACAGAAUGCGAUUUCUAGGGUUUCAAGAGUUUCGGAUGCGAAGAAUCUGAAAGAGAGAAGAAGUUCCGAUCUACCAUUUGAUAGAAGCAGUCCCUGCUCUUCUGGUGAAAACGGGAAGGAGAUAAUACGGAGUCUUAUAUGCAAGAGAGUUGUUGGAUUGUAAAGAUUUGUGGCUUUUCUUCUGUCUAUUUGUUCUGAAAUUUAAGUCCUGAGCUCAACAGAUGGAAGAGGAAAAAAGGAGGAAGAAAAACAAGAAAAAAAGAGGCAAACAAUCUAAAGUGACAGAUGUAGCAUUUGCCAAUGGAGAAACAGCUCCUGCGCAGAAUCAUCAUGCGCAAAACUCAGAUAAUGCUUGCAUUCAAAAUGCUGGUGUGUCAGAAUCGGAUGUAGAGGUGAACAGCCAUAAAACCGAUGACUCAAGAAGUGUUGUGCUGGAGGAAGAAAUCAGACAAUUAGAAGCUGAAAAACAUUCUUGGAUACGAAGAGAGAAAUGCCUGGAAGAAGACAUAAACCAAGUCAUGUUGGACAAGCAUUCUUGGAUCUUGAAAGAGGCGAGCUUAGAGGAGAAAAUUAGACUUCUACAAGUUGAAAAGGAUUCUUGCAUGCAGAAAGAGGUCAACUUAGAGGAGAAAAUCCGACAGUUACAGGAUGAGAGAGAUUCUUGGCUCCAAAUGGAGGCCAGGUUGGAGGAGAAAAUCAAACAGUUACAGAGCGAAAAACGUUCUUGGAUCCUUAAGGAGGCCAGCUUAGAGGAAAAAAUCAAACACUUAGAGAGUGGCAAUGACUCAUGGGUCCUAAAGGAGAAUUCAAACAAGGAGAUGAUUGCUAGAUUGAACAAAGUAAAUAUUGGACUGCAAGCACAGGUGAAGGAGUUGGAAGAAUCUAGAAACAGUCUCUUACAAGAAAACCAACAGUUGGUGGAAAGUGCGUCUUUUCUGGAAGCACGAAUUCAAUAUCUUGAAAGGGACGUCUCCUUUCCUGCCUCAACAGCAGAGACAACGAAGCAAGACCCUAAAGAUGAAGAUGCGAGCAGUUUAGUAGAAGCUGCCUCUGCGAUGGUUGAGAAGCUGGUUGCUGAAAAUGCUGAGCUCGUUGAAAAAGUGAAUGAACUAUACAUUGAACUUGAUCGGCGUGGCGGAACUGUUGAUCGUUCUUCAACAACGGCUGGAUUCAAUCCGGCCCAGCUGACCUCUGAAACCACAUUUGCCCCAGAUUCCUUGCUGCAGUACAGCGAGAAGAUGCCAGCAUCAAUUGGGAGGGUAGAAUCUCCUGCGAGUGUCCAAACCGUAGAUGGUUCAAUUGUAGUAGACAAUGCCGAAUUGGAAUCGACCGCCGGCACUAGCACCUGGAAAGAAGGAUUGCUGGAACCGCCCGAGAUCAGCGAGAUUUCUGAGAUUGUGCAGAUCCCAUUGGAGGAAAAUGAGAUCCAUGAGGUCGAGGUGGAGUCGCCACGUGCAGCAGAGGUUGGGGACGAUGCUGCUGUCCCACUUACCGACGCACCAUUGAUUGGAGCCCCCUUCCGGUUGAUCUCCUUCAUGGCUAGGUACGUCAGUGGGGCAGAUUUGGUCAACAACAAGAACAGUUCAGGUUCUGAGCAGUAAUUAUUAAAAA